AUGGGAGGAAGAGGGCUUGUGGUGAGGUUGCUGGUGAAGGAGGGGGUGGUAGUGGUUUGGAAAUGGGUAAGGGGGAGACAGGCAGUGGAGAGGGCUGGUAUCACAGAUGAAAUUGGAGCCAAGAGGCAGCUGCAGUACAUCUGUCUUAGCCAUCUGACAGCCACGCUUGUGACGUCCAUCCUGGGAGCGGUGAUCGGCUCCCUGCAGAUUGGCUACCACACUGGCAACAUCAACGCUCCAGCCAAGAUUAUCGAAGAGUUUUUCAACAAUACCUGGAGAGCCAGACACAACCAAUCAAUCUCAGAUCACAGUCUUACUCUUCUGUGGUCACUCUCUGUCAGCAUUAAAGAUUUUGGAGCCUUACUGGGCUCGCUGGGAGUCAAAUAUCUGGCAGAUUCUUAUGGCAGGCGUAACUCCAUCCUGAUAGUUAACGGUUUGUCUGUGGUCGGAGUAUGUUUGAUGUUUGCCUCCAAAGCCAGCGAGUCAUUUGAGGUCCUCAUCCUAGGGCGACUGGUUUUUGGUCUGUUCUGUGGCCUGGUGAUGAGCCUUAACCCCCUCUAUAUCCAGGAAGUUUCCCCCACCAACCUCAGAGGAGCAUUUGCUACACUGAACCAGGUGUCCCUCGCUGCAGGCAUCCUGGUGGGUAUGGUGGCUGGUCUGGAGAUAGUGUUGGGCACAGAGCAUGACUGGGCCAUGAUGCUGUCCCUGUCUCUCAUCCCGGCCCUCACACAGUAUGUGAUCCUACCCUUCUGUCCUGAGAGUCCCCGCUAUCUGCUCAUCAACCGGCAAGAAGAAAGCAAGGCAAAAAGUGCCCUGCUGAGGCUGAGAGGCAGAGCAGAAAAGGUAUUUGCUGAGCUGGAAGAAAUGAAAGAGGAAGCUGCUCAUACACAGAGUCGUGUCACCAUCCAGGAUUUCUUCAAGAAACGCAGCUACAGGCAGCCGAUCAUUAUUGUCCUGAUUGUUAGCCUGGGAAGCCAGCUCUCUGGAUUCAAUGCGAUAAUCAACUAUUCCACCAAAAUGUUUCAGGCCAAGUUUGACCAGGCCAAAUAUCUCACACUGGGUGUUGGGGCCGUCAAUCUGACGUUCACUUUGGUAGCAUUCUUCCUGAUGGAGAGGGCAGGGAGGAGGAGGUUGCUCCUGACUGGUUUCAUCUCCAUAGCAGUGUGCAACUUAAUCAUGACCGUAGUCGAUUCUGUCCUGCAUCUGGUCCCAGAACUCAGAAGCCUACAAGUGCUGCUGGUUUUCUGCCUGACUUCAGCCUAUGAGCUGGGCCCAGGUCCGAUCUCCUGGUUCAUUGCUGCCGAGCUGUUCGACCAGUCUGGCAGACCUAUAGCCAUGGCCUUCAGUAGCCUGCUCAACUGGGGAGGGAAGUUUGUUCUGGCACUUCUCUUUCCUCCAUUACUGAAAAUCUGUGGUGCUUAUGUCUACCUCCUUUUUAUGAUCGUGGCUCUGCUCGCCUUCACCUUCACCUGGAUUCACCUCCCGGAAACAAAGGGUCGUACAUUUGAUGACAUCGCAGAGGAGUUCAGAGGAGCAGAGGGCAUCCCGUUGCACAAUAAGACUGGAUUCAACACUUUCACCUGAGCAACGUGUCAGUUUUGAUUGAUGCUGGUCAAUAAGCAGCGUGUAACGAGUCAAUUCAAUAUACAGCAACAAAAAAUAUGCUACAAAACUGUUUUGAGUAUAAAUCUGGUGCUCACAGCAUUGAAAAAUGACUUUUAAAUAACAAAUCUUACUCUCUUUAACACAAAACAAGGAAAAAACACAAACCCCAAACCAUCUUAUCAAUGCAAUUGCUGUUAUUCAAAGCACGCACAAAUUUGUUUGUUUAUUUAUGCAACGACAUUUUAAUACUCAAAAAUGGUAAUUAUUAAAACUCAGAGCACCAAAAUUUAAUUCCAUUAGGUAGAAUAUACUGACUCUUACUUUUACCUUACUUCUUUAGGCUCUCCAGCAAAAUGAGACUAAAAACAUGACAGUAAAAAAAUAAUGAUAUUAAAAGUAGAUUAUAGUUUAUAUUUAUCCUGCAUGUUAUGAGGCAUUUUGUGGCCAUUGUGUUGUUAUUUUGUAAAAGCACUAGGGGGAGAUUGUGGGAAUAGUGGAAAAAGUUUGCAACACAUUCUUUGCAUAGUUUAUAGCUUGUAAAAACGCUGGAUUUAUUUCCACACCAUCAACCAAGCCUCUUUUUUUAAUUUUAACACACAAGCGUACCGUGACACACUGCCUGGCAAACAAGAAAGUUAGAACACUUCCAGCAUGUCCUAAAUGUUUAACAGAGUUCCUGUAACUUCUUGUCCUCUUGUUAUUUCUAUAAAUAUGCUAAUUAUAUUGUAACUCAGUAUCAGGUAGCAAAUGAGAUUAUUGCAAUUCCUAAAAAUGGUUUUGUAGUGAUCCAGUUAGAUGUUUUUGCACAUCUAAAAAUUGUACUUUUAAAUGUUCAGCCUAGUUUAAGGCACCAUCUGUACCUGAUCUCCUAUGGAGCCUUUCUUAGUUGGAUUCUCAGCGGUGCAGCCUUACAAUUCAUUAUUUGUGUGCGAAAUCUCACAUGUCUCUGAAUUGUGUAUAUUUGUAAUAUGCCUGAAAACCAACCACAGCUCUGAGGAUAAAUAUGUGAUCCAACACGAUCUACUUUGACUCGCAGUAACCGCAGAGGGAGUGAGACCAGGAGAUUAGAGGACAAGUUUGGGUUUUAAAACAGCAGGGGGUCAGAAUAAAAUGGAAAUGAAUAAUGCUGUACUUGUCUAUUCAAAGUCAGUUUCUAAUAACUCAAAAACAGAGCCAGAACUCAGUCAGCUUGUAAAGGAUAUGUUCUCAUUUGUCUAUGGACAGCUUGUUUUUUCUUUUUAGACACACAAGCAAAGUCCACAGAGACUAUGAUUUUUUUUUUUUUUUCAUAAAAAAGGCAGAUCAAGUGAGCAGGGUGUUUAGAAAACAACAUUCAGGAUUUCAUUCCGUUUUCCAACACUUUGUGUAAAAAUAUGUAAACAGCGCCAUCUACUGGACCAAAGAGUCUCUUUUAGUUAUUAAUCUAUGACUUAAGUGGCUUUAGUUAGUGGUGCAGCAAAGAGGA